GAACGGAAUAGGCCCACAUCUGGGUUCGGCAGCGUAGGUUGAUAAUUUUGGUUCACCCACCACAACCGGUCCAACUCAGCCAUUGCCAACAUCAUCAGAUCCUCACUGUAAAGCUCGGAUACACAGCCAUCAAUCAAUCAAGAAUCUCCCAACUCUAAAAGAAGAAGCAGACAACGUGCCCUGGACUUUGUUCCCAAAAAGCUCGUGCCUUGUCGCUGACUCGGCCAUAACUCUUUCAACUCACCCGGCCCUGACUCAGUCCUCCCAUGGCCUUUCUUUGCUCAACUUGAAAGCUCCUUCCUUGUUUCUUCAAAGCUCCUUUCUUUUUCCUAUAUUUUUAUUUUUAUUUUUUACUUUUUUUCUCCUGAGAGUAAACGAUAAAAAGAUGUACGUGGUACCGCCACCCCAUGGAUCGGAUCCGGCUUCGACAGCCGGCGGGUCGAGUGAUUUACGGGUUUACCAAACUUGGAAGGGCAGCAAUGUAUUUUUAUUUCAAGGGAGGUUUAUAUUUGGACCAGAUUUAAGAUCAUUAGGGCUGACUAUUUUACUUAUAGUAGCUCCAGUGUCCAUUUUCUGUGCGUUUGUUGCCACGAAAUUGAUGGAUGAAUUCUAUAAUCACUUGGGUAUUUCAAUCAUGGCUGUUGCUAUUGUCUUCACUCUCUAUGAUUUAGUUCUUCUACUACUAGCAUCUGGAAGAGAUCCUGGUAUAAUUCCGCGCAAUGCACACGCUCCAGAGCCAGAAGGUUCUUAUGGGAAUGUAGAUGCCGGUCGAGGUCAAACUCCACAGUUACGAUUGCCACGCAUUAAAGAAGUGGAGGUCAAUGGAAUCGUUGUGAAGAUCAAGUAUUGUGACACUUGCAUGCUUUAUAGGCCUCCCCGCUGCUCACACUGUUCUAUCUGCAAUAACUGUGUAGAACGAUUUGAUCACCACUGCCCUUGGGUUGGGCAAUGUAUUGGACUGAGAAAUUAUCAAUUCUUCUUCAUGUUUGUGUCGUCUACAACCCUUCUUUGUAUAUAUGUUUUUGCAUUCUGUUGGGUGUACAUUAGAAGGAUCAUGGCAUCAGAGGAUACAACAAUUUGGAGAGCCAUGAUUAAAACCCCAGCUUCCAUUGUUUUAAUAGUUUACACGUUCAUUGCGAUGUGGUUUGUUGGUGGUUUGACUGCCUUCCAUUUGUAUCUAAUCAGUACAAAUCAGACAACUUAUGAGAAUUUCAGAUAUCGAUAUGAUCGUAGAGAAAACCCCUAUAAUAAAGGAGUGGUCGGGAAUUUCAAAGAAAUAUUUUGUUCUAGCAUUCCCUCAUCCAAGAACAGCUUCAGGGCUAAGGUACCCAGGGAACCUGUGCUACCAACCCGACCAGGUGGUUUUAUGAGUCCAAAUAUGGGGAAUGCCGUGGAUGACAUAGAAAUGGGUAGGAAAGCUGUGUGGGGUGAUGUGGGGGCUGGCAUCGACCAGUGUGAAGGGCAAGUCACGAGCGACCGUGUAAAUGUUAAGGAGGAUGAGUUAGGAGAAUUGACCCCAGAAAUUAGAAGUACGGUAGAUGACACAAGUGACCGUGCCAGGCGGUCGAGUUGGGGUAGAAAAAGUGGGAGCUGGGAAAUGUCACCGGAAGUUGUUGCUUUGGCAGCUAGAGUUGGGGACUCAAAUCGAGCAGUUGGGAGUAGCAGCAGCAACUUGGCAACCGAGAAGACCCAGACAUGACCAAUGAUGCAAUAUUGAGAGUAGAAAAAUAUGAAAAUCAUCGCUAAGGUUGCUUAACUUCCUCCUUUGAUCGUUGGUUUUUUGGUGAGGUGUUUGAAAGUGUGCAUGUGUGUGUUGGUUCCUCGAAGGAAGAACUGGUGUGUUGGUUGUGUAAGAGUGAGCUUUGAUUGUUGUAUUUGUGGAAUUAGUUAGUUUCUAAGUU